CGGCGGCUGGGAGCGGCGCGCGCGCAUGCGCGUUAGGCGGGCUGGCGGCGGAGGGGCAUUACAAUGGAAGAUGAGGAGGUCGCCGAGAGUUGGGAGGAGGCGGCCGACAGCGGGGAAAUAGACCGGCGGCUGGAAAAGAAACUGAGAAUCACGCAAAAAGAGAGCGGGAAGUCCAAAUCUCCCCCCAAAGUGCCGAUUGUCAUUCAGGACGACAGCCUUCCCUCGGGUCCCCCUCCACAGAUUAGGAUCUUAAAGCGGCCCACGAGCAACGGGGUGCUCAGCAGUCCUCAUUCGGCCAACCGCCCAGCUUUCCCGGUGAAGUCGCUGGCCCAGAGGGAGGCGGAGUACGCAGAAGCCCGGAAGCGGAUUCUAGGUAGCGCGAGCCCGGAAGAGGAGCAAGACAAGCCCAUCCUCGACAGGCCCACGAGGAUCUCCCAGCCGGAGGAUGCCAGGCAGCCCAGCAACGUGAUCCGGCAGCCACUGGGUCCAGAUGGCUCACAAGGCUUCAAGCAGCGCAGAUAGGCAUGGGUGGCUGACGCGGCGGCUCGAAAGCAGGGCUGUCCCCCAGCCCAGAUUGCGCUACUGCAGCAGUGGACAAAUGGA